UCUGGCUUUUAACAUGAGUACGAAACGUGAGUGAUGGAUGGAUGGGAGAUCCCGAGGAGGGUAUUAUGGGAAAGCAGCAGUUCCACAUUGCAUACUCCACUCCACGCGCAGUGUCGUUUCAUCUCUCACUACCCACGUUACUCGAUUUAAAAUUCCACAAGAAAACAAAGCAAACUUUCGCUGCCUCCCUUCGCCACUUGCUGCCCCUUAAUUUUCAGUCUUCGAACUCCAAUAAGGAAAAAUUCCCAUCCGGCCUUUCCUGAUUUUAUCUUCACACACACUCUCGCUUCUGGUUUCUUCCUCUUCGUUGCAUUGUCGACGCACCCGGAAAAGCAUCUGAAUGCCAACUCUCGUAUGCAGAUUUUAUUAAGGCAACGUUCAUAGAGAAAUUGGGAAAAGGUUUAUGGAUGGAUGAUUUAUUGACAGGUGACACAGACUGAACUGGGAGGACAGAGAUGAGAGAGGAGUCGUCAGGCUUAAUAGUUGGUAUAUCAAUAGGAGUGGUGAUCGGGGUGGCUUUGGCUGUAGCUGCGUUCUUUUGCAUUAGGUACCAUAGGAAACGGUCCCAGAUAGGGAAUAGCAGUUCUAGGAGGGCCGCAACCAUCCCUAUUCGUGCGAAUGGAGCUGAUUCUUGUUCGGUAUUGUCAGACUCAUCGAUCGGGACUGAGUCACCAAAGUCUACCUUACAGAACGGCAUCUCAUUCUGGCUCAGUGGGCUUAAAAAGGCCAAUGUGAUUCCUGCGUCAGGGAUAUUAGAAUACUCUUACAAGGACCUGCAGAAAGCGACCUGUAAUUUUACCACAUUAAUUGGUCAAGGGGCAUAUGGACCUGUUUACAAAGCUCAGAUGUCAACUGGUGAGACUGUUGCGGUUAAAAUGCUUGCUAGUGACUCUAAGCAAGGGGAGAAAGAGUUUCAAACUGAGGUUACGUUAUUAGGGAGGUUACAUCACAGAAACCUUGUGAAUUUGGUCGGCUACUGUGCAGAGAAGAACCAGCACAUGCUAAUUUAUGUGUACAUGAGUAGAGGAAGUUUGGCUUCUCAUCUGUAUAGUGAGAAAUUUGAACCAUUGAACUGGGAAUUAAGGGUCCAAAUAGCUCUUGAUGUGGCCAGGGGCUUGGAGUAUCUUCAUGAUGGUGCAGUUCCUCCUGUGAUACAUCGAGACAUCAAAUCAUCCAAUAUUUUAUUGGAUCAGUCCAUGAGAGCUAGGGUGGCUGACUUUGGACUGUCAAGGGAAGAGAUGGUUAGCAAGCAUGCAUCCCAUAUUCGAGGGACUUUUGGAUAUCUUGAUCCUGAAUAUAUAUCAACACGUUCAUUUACAAAAAAAAGUGAUGUUUAUAGCUAUGGGGUUUUGCUAUUUGAACUUAUUGCUGGAAGAAAUCCUCUCCAGGGUCUUAUGGAGCAUGUUGAGCUCGCUGCCAUGAAUACUGAAGGCAAAGUCGGAUGGGAAGAAAUAGGUGAUCCUCGUCUCAAGGGGAACUUUGAUGUUGAGGAACUCAAUCAAGUGGCUGCCCUUGCACACAAAUGCGUGAGUCCCGUCCCAAGGAGAAGGCCAUCGAUGCGGGACAUUGUUCAGGUUCUCUCGAGGAUUCUCAAAUACAGACACAGUAGGAAGCGCGACAUGGAAGACUUAACUCCUAGAGCACAUGAGGUGAUCAUCAACACGAGUCAAUCAGAAAGUCGGACUCCAAUACCUGAACACCACCGAGUAGAAUCAUUGGACAGCACGACUGACUCAGUUGAUGUUUAAAC